CCACCAGUUUCAUUGCAUUGCGCAGAAUUCCAGCCAUCUUUCUCAUCUGUCGGGUAUUUUCUGACACAGAGUGGAACUCUCCGUCUCCCUCCUCCCGCCUUUGCCCUGGCAAAGAGGGUGCCAGGUGCCCAGGGCCUGCACAGCCCUGAGCCAGGGAGUAGGACGUUCUCCUGUCCUCUGUUGCUUAGAGGGCUUUGUCAGUGUCCCCAGUCAUCAGGCCGUGCCUCCUGACGCUGGCCUUUUCACUACAGGCACCUGCAGCACAUACAGCAGAGUUCUCGGACUUUGAGGAGGAACCCACAGCUGGAGGAGGCUGUGGAAACCUGGGACACUUCUGCCUUUGUGCUUGGCAUUGGCUCAGAAUUAACUAGGUUGUGGUCAAACUCUGUGAGCAGAUUACUACCCCUAGUAUUAGAUCCGUUCAUAGAAAGUGGAAGCAAUGUCCGCUGUGGCACUGUUAGAGGAUUGGUGCAAGGGGAUGGACGUGGACCCCAGGAAGGCCCUGCUGAUUGUGGGGAUCCCCGUGGAGUGUAGUGAGGCUGAAAUUAAAGAGACCAUAAAGGCAGGCUUACAUGCCCUGUGCACCUACAGGGUGGUGGGCAGAAUGUUCAGAAGGGAAGACAGUGCUAAGGCCAUCUUUGUCGAAUUGUCUGACUUUGUCAAUUUCGCUACGAUACCCAGUGAGAUACCAGGAAACGGAGGUGCCUGGGAAGUGGUGGUAAAACCCCGUAACCCAGAUGAUGAAUUCAUCACUAGACUGAGUUACUUCCUGAAGAAUGAGGGCCGGAGAAUGGUAGAUGUGCCCAGAGUCCUGGGGUAUAGCACUGUCACUGAGGGUGUAGAGCCAGAGGGUUCUUCCCAACACAAGCCGAUAAAUUGGCAGCCUCUGAAAGAAAGCAUGUGGUACCGAAAACUCAAAGUGUUUUCGGGAAACACUUUCCCAGGCCCAGGUGAAGAGAACUUUGAAGCCUGGCUAGAGCAGGUCACGGAGAUUAUGAAGAUAUGGCAAGUGGCUGAGGUAGAAAAGAGGCGCCGUUUGCUGGAGAGCCUACGUGGCCCCGCCCUGUCCAUCAUAAGGAUGCUCAAGGCUGGCAAUGACUCCAUUACUGUGGAGCAGUGCCUGGAUGCCCUGAAGCAGAUCUUUGGGAAUAAAGAGGACUUUAGAACCUCACAGUAUAGGUUCCUCCAGAGCUUUCAGCUGUCUGGAGAGAAAAUGUCUGUUUUUUUGCUACGUUUAGAGCCCCUGCUGCAGAAAGCUGUGCAGCACAACCCCAUGUCAAUGAGAAGCACUGACUUGAUUCGCUUAAAGCACGUCCUAACCCGGGCCAAUAUGAACACCAGCCUCCGGGGCAAGCUUCAGCUCCUUGAUAAGCGCGGGUGUCCUCCCACUUUUCUGGAGUUAAUGAAGCUCACUAGAGAUGAAGAAGAGUUGGAGGUCACCAUGGCAGUGAUGAAGGAGAAGCAGAUGAAUGCAGAAAAGGGCCUCAGGGACUAUGACAGCCCAGUAGUAGCAGAAACCACUGUUCCCAUACCUCAGGUCUUUAAGCAGGCAGGGCCAUGUUAUGACAACAGCACCCAGACCAUCCAGGAAAGGGCUGCACCACUCCUGAAGCGCAGGCGACUGUCAGGCCAUGGUAACGGGGAAGAAGUAUGCGAUCAGGCCACAUGUCCUGAGGCUGAAAACCAGCCUCUACCAAAGGAGAGUCCUCAGCUUGCAGCAGGAGAGUUGGGAAACGAGGCAGGGGCUGGGGCCAUGAGCCACCCCAAGCCCUAGGAAACAUAGGCUCAAGAGAAUCAGGAACCCCUUCUCCUACCAGGCGGAAGAAAGAUUUUAACAAGGAGAAGGGGCAGUCCGCAGAGGACUUGAGUAGGGCAGAGGGGCAGGGCAGUCAGGCCCAGGCCAAGCUCCCUUGCCCUCUACCAGCUGAAAGGGACUCCACCCUCCAAGUCAAACUCAGUACAGGAAGGGCCAAGCACAGGGUCACAAAGUGGUGCCAGCGACACAAACAAGAGGCCACCAAAUCCGGUACAUGGGGUGCUCCAGCCACGGAACGGGACUCCACCACGGCAGAUGCUAAAGGAGGUGCAACUGGGGGCUCUGGCCUCGGCCCCUUCAUUUGGCCACCCCCAAAUGCCCACCCUGUGUGCUCUGAGCUACGAAUGCCGACCGGUUGCCAGGCCACGCGGGGCCUGGAGGAGGCUUCCCCAGGGCCGACCCUUCCAGAAGGAGCCAGUACGGGCGAGGAAGAGCUGCUGCACAGAGAGGGUUACUGGAGACCUGGAGAGAGCACGCAGAGAACAGGGACAGGCCUGGAGAACCACGACUCAGCAGCUGCCAAGGCCAACUCCAGCCCUAAACCCUUCCAACUUGGGUAGCCAGCCUGGGAGCACCCUCAGCAGCCCGUCCCGGCCUAGGUUUAGGCCAACCGCUGCUUGUUCUUGUGGAGAUGUGUGUGUUUUUGUGUGAGCAGUUUUCUCCCGCUGACCACCCCACCGUGGAGACCCAGAGCCCAGCCCCAGGCGACUGCGGGCACGGCCGGUGCUCACCCUGUGACCUCAGGAAGGAAGAACUGGACCAGGGCCAGAGGGGGACUGCCAGCGUCUCCAUGGGCAUUGUGCUCUGAUGUCUCACCCUGUUGUUCCUUGUGACUCAGUUUACUCGGCUUGGGGGAGUGUCCGCUGCUGUGUUUUCCAGCCUGCUGUGACUGUCCUGUGCAGGUCAUAGGGCAGAGCCAGACCCCAGCAUGUGGGCCAGAAGGGGAGGGGUUUCCUGCAGUGAGUGGACAUGGGCAGCGUCCAUUCUGUAAACACCAAUGGUGGGGCCCUCAGGAAGGGGGACUAUGGCAGGAGGGCCCAGGUGAGGGGGGACAGCUGAAGCACCUCGUCAGGGACCCCAAGGAGGAGGUGGGCCCGAGACCUAUGGGCUCUAGUGGCCAUUCAAAGUUUCUGUGUUUUUAUUCCCUUUCUUCAAUGGUUUCAGUUAAAUGUUUCUCUUCAAUAAAUUUCAUGUUUCA